GCUAAUUUUUAUUGACUGCAACUUGCGAUUGUGUGCGUGUGUGUGUUUGUGUGUGCGUAGGUACUGUGUGUGUGCGCUCAUGCGCAACUGCUUGCAGCAAAAGGCGCUUAAAUUUAGUCACGUUUGCCUUUUGAAUCAUUGAGAACUCUCUCGAGUGCUACAAUUAUUGCCAGCUGAACGCGCCUAGCUGCAAUUUGACAAGUCUUAGCCAUGGCUGUUAAGUGCGUCCCAUUGGCGCUGUCACUCCUCCUGCUGGUCCUGGGCCUAGCUGAUGCCUUCGAUCACACACUGAAACUGGACUUUCCGGGUCCCUAUUGCGCACGACAGAACACAUGCUGCAAGGAUCGGCGCGACGGCUGCUCGAUGCCCAUAUCCACCACACUGUGCUACUGUGAUGAGUUCUGUGAUCGCGAUGACUCCGGCGAUUGCUGUCCGGACUAUCGCUCCUUCUGCUUCAAUGAACCGGAUCCGGUGCUCAGCUGCCUGCACAACGGCGUCUACUUCCACAAGUACAACAACACGUGGGACAACUGCAAUGAGUGCCGUUGCCUAGACGGCGGUCGGGUGCAGUGCGACACGGAUCUGUGUCUGACGGACGACGAGCUCAUCAACAGCGUCAACUCGAUCCAUCAGCUGGGCUGGUCGGCACGCAAGUACGACGAAUGGUGGAGCCACAAGUACAGCGAGGGUCUGCGCCUGCGCCUGGGCACCAAGGAGCCCACCUAUCGUGUCAAGGCGAUGACACGCCUCUCCAAUCCGUCCUCGGGCCUGCCACGUAAAUUCAAUGCCGUCGAGAGGUGGUCCAGCUACAUUUCAGAGGUGCCCGAUCAGGGCUGGUGCGGCUCCUCCUGGGUGCUGUCCACCACUUCGGUGGCCUCCGAUCGCUUUGCCAUUCAAAGCCAGGGCAAGGAGGUGGUCCAGCUGUCGCCCCAAAACAUACUCUCCUGCACACGCCGGCAGCAGGGCUGCGAGGGCGGCCACCUCGAUGCCGCCUGGCGCUAUCUGCAUAAGAAGGGCGUUGUCGACGAGACCUGCUAUCCAUACACACAGCGCAGGGACAGCUGCAAGAUACGCCACAACAGCCGCUCGCUGAAGGCCAACGGCUGCCGGCCCGCGUAUGGCGUCAAUCGGGACAGCUUCUACACAGUGGGUCCAGCAUACAGUCUGAAGGGCGAGACAGACAUCAUGGCAGAGAUCUACCAUUCGGGACCCGUGCAGGCCACCAUGCGCGUCUACAGAGACUUCUUCUCCUAUUCGGGCGGCGUCUACCGUCAGACGGCCGCCAAUCGCGGUGCACCGACCGGCUUCCACUCGGUGAAAAUUGUUGGCUGGGGCGAGGAGCACGAUGGCGUCAAGUACUGGAUCGCGGCCAACUCGUGGGGUCCUUGGUGGGGCGAGCAUGGCUACUUCCGCAUAUUGCGCGGCUCCAAUGAGUGCGGCAUCGAGGAGUACGUGCUGGCCUCGUGGCCCAACGUCUACAACUACUACAACGCGAAGGCGGCGGUGUAAAUGGAGCCGAGCCAAGUCGAACUGAAAAGUUCU